AUGUCCUCUCAUGAAAAUAUCAACAAUAACACGAAUUCUUCCACUUCAUUGCCUAUAGAAUGUUGGCAAGAAAUCCUUAAAAAUCUCGAAAAUGAUAAAAAAUCGCUUCAUUCAUUUUUGUUGGUGAAUCGUACUUGUCUCUCAGAAUAUUUCGAAAAUUUUGAUAUAAAUAUGAUGGAUUUAAACGAAUUUGAUAGGAAUGGAUAUGAAAUUGGGACAACUUACGCUGGCUUAAUUAAAUACAUGUCGAAUUUGUCAAAUGAUAUGUUAAAAUGUGGAGAACCUUAUUUUGAAAGUAAUAAGAAUUAUUUUCGUGAGAGAAGACUUAUUUUUCUUCAAAGAAGAUUAAUUCAAACUUAUCUUAAAUUUUUGAAUGAGGAAGAAAGGCAAGUUCUUAUCAAUCAUGGGAUUUUGACUGAUCUAAAAACUGCAAAAAAUUUUAUUUCCAAUUUUGACGACUCGAAAAUAUCUUCCAAAUUAUUUUUUUUUCGAUAUCCACCAAUUUUUGAUUAUCCAAAUUAUUUACGUGAACUACCUUAUAACCUUCUUUGUGAAUCAAUUGAAUCUUGGUUAUGGAGUUUUCGAGAAACUUGUCAAUCUGAUAAAUCAUUAAUAGUGGCACAAGAAUUAUGCAAAUUAUUCAUGAGGAAAAGUAAAUGGAUCAAUAGCCUUUCAUUCACUUAUUACGUACCGUCUAAUGAAUGUUUUUUUUCAUCAAUAAAAGAUUUUUUAUUUUUAACUGAAUUUGAUGGAGCGGAAAGGUGUCUUCAUUCACUAAAAAAUCUUAAAUUUGCAUUUCAUAGUGAUCAAUGGAGACCAAUUAUGAUGAAAAUGGCAAAAAUAUGUAAUCAAGUUGAAUCUUUAGAUAUUAGAUGUAUAGGUGAAUCACACAAAAGAUGGUUAGAUGAAAGUGCAAAGAGUAUUAUUAAAUUUAUUGAAAUUCAAAAUGAAUUGAAACAUAUUAAAGUGAAUUGCUGUGGAAAUUAUUGUCCUUUAACAAGAAUCAUUCCUUCACUUAUAGUUCAUGUGAAAUCAUUAGAAUAUAUUGAAUUCGUACACAUUAAUUUCAAUGGAGGCUCAAUACUUAAAUUUAUUGCGGAUUGUCAAAAUUUGAAAACGUUGAUAUUUCGUGAUUGUAUUGAUUUUAAUUUCUUUGACUUUACACCACCAAUUGGAGCUCUAUGGCUUCAAAAUGUAACAAAAUUAGUGUUUGUGGAUACGACACUUGAACCAAAUGAUAUUUUGCCAAUUAUCGGAUUAUGCAAAAAGCUUUUUGAACUUUGUUUUGACCUUGGAGAUGAUAUUGAAUACUUGGGAUUAUUUGGUCAAUAUAUGCCAGAAAAUUUAAAACACUUGACAAUUGACGCGACAGGAAUUGAAAUAUCAACACUUGAAGAAUUUUUAAUAUGUAAUAAAGCAAAAAAUUUGGAAAGUUUGAGAUUUACAGCGUGGAUUUGUAGAAAUUUUACGGAUCAACAUUUAUCAAUUAUUACUCAACAUUUGGGAAAAAGUUUAAAACAAUUAGAUUUACAUUUAAACGAUGCGCAUGGACAAGGAGGAAUUUCUUGGGAAGGAAUUCAAAUGGCACAAAGCAUUAUUGAAGUUGUUACCACUGAAGGGGAAUAUGAAUAUGAUACUUGGUGA